GUUACAGAGCUGUAGGUGGUAUUGCUAUACAGGUGUGAAAUCUUUUAUCGGGAAGAUGGCUUUCAUGCAACAGGUUGAAAACAUAGCAUGUGUGGGCGCUGGAUAUGUUGGUGGGCCAACGUGUGCCAUGAUCGCCUAUAAAUGUCCGGAAAUACGGGUCACUGUUGUGGACAUGAACGCGGAAAAGAUUAAACAAUGGAACUCGGAUCAUUUACCUAUUUUUGAACCAGGUCUUGAUGAAAUUGUAAAAUCAUGUCGCGGAAAGAAUCUUUUUUCUCCGACGAUGUAUCGUCAGCAAUACGAAGUGCACAACUUAUUUUUAUGUCCGUUAAUACACCAACAAAAACAUAUGGAAGAGGAAAAGGUAUGGCACCCGAUCUGAAAUAUGUCGAGUCUGUUUCGCGUGCCAUAGCAGAACAUUCCCGCGGUCCGAAAAUUGUUGUUGAAAAAAGCACGGUGCCUGUAAAAGCUGCUGAAAGCAUCACUGCUAUAUUGAAUGAAGCACAGAAAAAAAAUCCUCAACUUUCUUUCCAAGUAUUAUCGAAUCCAGAAUUUUUAUCAGAGGGAACAGCAGUAAAUGAUCUGUCAAAUCCAGAUCGUGUUUUGAUAGGCGGCGAAAGUUCUCCGGAUGGUUUGGCAGCUAUGGCUCAAUUGAUACAAAUUUACGAGCAUUGGGUUCCACGAGAAAGAAUUAUAACUACUAAUACUUGGUCUUCAGAGCUGUCGAAAUUGGCAGCGAAUGCAUUCCUUGCCCAGCGAAUAUCAAGCAUAAAUGCAAUAUCUGCCAUCUGUGAAGCAACUGGUGCUGAUAUACGUGAAGUUUCUUAUGCAGUUGGUCGAGAUACUCGUAUUGGCAAUCAGUUUCUACAAGCCAGUGUUGGCUUUGGAGGUAGCUGUUUUCAGAAAGAUGUUUUAAGCCUUGUUUAUCUCGCCGGAUCUUUGAAUCUUCAUAAAGUAGCUGAUUAUUGGUUGCAAGUUGUUGAAAUCAAUAAUUGGCAACGGAGACGUUUUGCUGAUAAAAUUAUUUCUGAAAUGUUUGAUACAGUAUCAAAUAAAAGAAUCGCUGUAUUUGGCUUUGCUUUCAAGAAAAAUACUGCUGAUACGAGAGAAUCCUCAGCUAUUCACAUAGUAAAGUAUUUGCUUGAUGAAGAUGCAAAAUUGGUUGUAUACGAUCCAAAGGUACCAGAAUCGCAAAUGCGUUAUGAACUAAAUCAGAUUUCCUCCAAAGAAACUGUUGAUAAAAUGUUGACAUUCUCGAAGGAUCCAUACGAAGCGGCGAGAAAUUCACAUGCUAUAGUUGUGCUUACAGAAUGGGACGAGUUCAAAAAUUACGACUACAGAUAUAUUUUCAACUCAAUGGCGCAACCGGCAUCAGUGUUUGAUGGUCGGCUCAUUCUAGAUCAUAACAAAUUGCGCGAGAUUGGUUUCCACGUAUCUGCAAUUGGAAUCGCCUCAUCGCAGCCGUGCAAAAACUGCUACAAAUAGGUCUUCUUCAUGGUUACAUCAUCGUGUUCAUCAUAACAUAAAUAUUUUAAAUGCUUCUUGCGGCUGACGUGAUACAUGAGCAAGAGAUGCAACGAAAUAGAUGGUGAAACGAAAACGAAAACGUUGUAGAUGGUGAAAUUUUUACUCUUUUUCAACACUAAUUUCAGUAUUUUUUUUUCAUUUUCAUUCUCAUUCCUAUAUUAUUCAUUGAUUGUGCCUUAUUUGGAAUGAUGCAGACUAAGACAAGUAUAAAAACUUUCGUAAAGGUGAAAGAAAACCUGGUCCUGUACCAAUCUAUCCCGAUGAACUUAAUAAACCGUCAUUUGUAUUAGUACAGUUUCUUGUUAUAAAAGCG